AUGCCGUCGUCCAUUCCCUAUGACCCCAGCCUGGUGCUGGCGAACAUUGUCACACCGGCAACCCUUACAAUCGUCCAGGACAUCUCCGUCGCCCAGGCCGAUGUUGACUCGGCGGAAGAGGAGCUCAAUGCGCUUCUGUCGACAAAGCGCAGCCUCGAAAGCACGCGGCUCGAGAUUUCCAACCUGGGAUUCGGCAAGGACGACAUCGGCGCCAUGGUCGGGCCGCUGGACGCUGCCAUCGACGGCCUGCUCCCCGACAUCAAGGCGGCGGCGGUCAACUACGCCAACGCCAAGAUCGAGGCGGAGAAGAAGAUCCGGCCGCUGCGGGCCAAGCUGCACGCGGUGCACACGCAGGCCGAGAGCCCCGUGGACUACAACAAGACGCAGGUCAAGGCGAUGCAGCUCGCGUCCGACUCGAUGAACAUGAACGUGCAGUUUUUUAGCGUCGACAAGAACGACCAGCACGGCACGGCGCACGCCAGCAACGUGGCGUCCUUUGUGUCGUCGUCGCUGGAUAUUUUCGGCAGCAAGUUCCAGCAGCAGGCCAGCGGCACGGCGCAGAGCCAGACGGCCAACCAGUACGCGCAGCACAAGAUUGCGGGCACGCUCGUCAUCUCGGCGUCGUGCACGCACAAGAACGCGUCGGUGCUGGCGCCGUGCAUCCUCAACGUGGACAAGGGCAUCCGCGCGUGGAACCGCAUCUUUCCGGACGCGGCCGACCGCAUCACGCCGACCAGCCUCAAGGGCAUGAAGGCGCUGAUGGACGGGCCGCCCGGCGACGCGGGCCAGGACAAGCACUUCUCGGUGCUCACGGGCAUGACGUACGGGUCCAGCUUCGUCGGCAUGGUGCACAUUGUCAACACCAAGUCGGACGACGUCACGCACCGCCUGUCGUCCAUGGUCGAUUCGCUGCAGGAGCAGAUGACGGCGGGCGCCUGGUUCGAGGACGCGUCGGGCGGCUUCGGCGUCAACGCGUCCUUUGGCGACGAGGUCAAGAGCCUGCUGAGCGCGCAGAACAUCACCUCGCACGUGACCCUCAUCUCCAUGGGCAUCAUCCCCUCCAUCAAGUCCAACAACAUCGCCAUGGGCGUCCGCGAGUUUGCCGACUUCGACCCCAAGUCCAGCAUGGAGGCCCUCGCCAGCAUCCAGAACGCCACCGCCGCCGGCCAGUCCACCAUUGGCGAGGCCGCCGAGGCCGCGCGCCUCGGCCAGAAGAUGCUGUCGCUCAAGUCCAGCGGCAUCACGGCCUCGCUGGCCGCGCUCGGCGACAUCGACAAGGCCGAGAACCAGGUCCUCGACAUCAACUCGCUGAUGACGGCGCUCGACGACUAUGUGGCCAAGGUCGCCAGUGCCGAGUCGGGCGUCCCGCUCAACUACUAUCUCACCGAGAUCACAAAGAGCAUGCUGGCCGAGAUGUGGGUGGCCAAGUACUUUCCCAAGCAGAACACGCCGCAGAACGACGACACGGACCGGCCGGAGCCUGGCGAGUGA